AUGCCACUACCUUCCAGCGUCCGAACUCUCGUGCGCAAUGCACCAACGGUUGCGCCCGUGCCAAACAGACAGCUGCUCUCCGUAACAGGUUCCCAGGCGGCAGAGUUCCUGCAUGGCAUCGUCGCCAGCUCCGUCCCAGAACAGCCUCAAAGUCACUUCUACACGGCAUUCCUGAACGCACAGGGCAGAGUCCUGUAUGAUGCGUUUUGCUACGCUACUCCAAGUCCCAAGGGCACGCGGGGUUACAUCAUCGAGUACGAUGCCGGAUCGCCCGAGGCGCCACCAAUGCUGUCCAUGCUCAAGCGGUAUGUGCUGCGUGCGAAGGUAAAGUUGCGCGACGUGUCUCACGAGUACGACGUUUGGGCGGCAUGGGGAUCGGAGCGGGAGAAAAGCUGGGAGACGGAGCGAUCAUGGUCCUUUGCAGCCAGUGGUGCGGUGGAGCCCAGCUGGGACGUCGCCCGUGAUGGUCCACCGUGGGGCACGGAACCCGGAGUUUUGCGAGACAGAAGGGCGAUAGGGAUGGGUCACCGGUUGCUUAUCAGGAAGGGGGACCGUCCACAAGAGGCGUCGACGCAUGACGUCGCAACGGCAUCAGAUUAUCUAUUACAUCGAAUAUUGAACGGUGUACCGGAAGGCUCAGUGGAUAUCCCUCCCAUGGAUGCUCUGCCUAUGGACUCCAAUUUGGAUAUCAUGGGCGCGCUUGACUUUAGGAAAGGAUGCUACGUCGGACAGGAGUUGACUGUCCGAACAUAUCAUACCGGCCAGAUCAGAAAGCGAAUGCUUCCUGUAGUAAUUUACCCACAAAACGGGAGCUCCGAUACUCUCACCGAUUCAUCACCGCUUCCGUCGUUCCCUCCUGGUGUCAACAUUCGCAUGAAGCACACAACUACUCCAACAGACGACACUCCAAGGCCGCGUCCUCGAACAACCGGGAAACUUCACAGUUCCAUCAACGGUGUUGGUCUCGCGCUCCUCCGUUCGGAGCACGUCGCGGCCGUAGAAAAGGAGGAUGCCGCGUUGGAGUUCGAGAUAGGAGAGAAUGAGAAGACGAAGUGGACUGUCACACCUUGGUGGCCGGACUGGUGGCCCGUAAGCCACGACUGAGGUUGUCGUAGUCUCGUAAUUUACUGUAACACUAGUACUCGAGAACUUGUCGCCUUGAUGACUAUUCAGCGGUCUUCAAUUCGCG